GUAGCGUGCCUGUGCCAGCCAUUGGGUCCCCGGAAUGGCUACCAGUCCCAGCGCGUCAUGACAGAAUUAGCCGGAAAGGCCCUACUAUCUUUAGCGCCAUUCCAUCGGGAGAGCAUAUUCCAGGCUCUAAUCCGUUUUCUCAAACAAUAAUAGUAGUGUCGUGUCUCCGGGGGCGCCUAACGCCGCGGUUAAUCCAGGGAAUAAACCCUCCUCCCCGUUGUCAUGCGCCCGCCCGUCGCCGAGCCACCACACCACCACCCUAUAAAACCCGGGCGCCCGCCUCCUCCCCACCGUCGCAGCAGCUCAACACCACCGCACCGCCCCCGCCCCGCCUCUCCUCGCCGCCGACAUGGCCGCGUACAUCCGCCUCGACGACGCCGUCCGCGCGCGCCUCCGCGGGGGCGCCCACGCCGCGGGGUGCACCACCAGCAGCAGCAGCGGCAGCGACCACGACGCGUCCGCCUGCCUCUCCGAGCUCGUCCAGGCGUUCCUGGAGACGGGCGCCGGCGGCACGGCCGAGGAAGGGCCCCGCGCGGCGCCCAAGGAGUACGGCUCCGACGACGAGGACGGGGCGGCGGCCUCCGCCGCGGCGACCGUGCGGGCCCUGCUCGACCCGCCGGCGGAGGAGGACGCGUUCCGCAUCAGGCUGGCCGCGGCGGUGGCGGCCGCGGCGGAGGCGGAGGCGGCGCUGCGGGCGCACGGGGCGGCGUUCAGGCGCGCGCUGGCGCGGCGGCUGCGCGGCGCCGGGUACGACGCCGGCGUGUGCAGGUCGCGGUGGGAGGCGUCGGGCGGCGCCGCGGCCGGGACGUACGAGUACGUCGACGUGGUCGCGGUCGCGCCGGCGGCGGCCAGGUACAUUGUGGACGCGGACUUCCGGGCGGCGCUGGAGGUGGCCCGCGCCACGCCCGAGUACGCGGCCGUCGUGGCCGCGGUGCCGGCGCCCGCGGUGGUCGCGCGCGAGGAGGCCGUCGGCCGCGCCGUGCGCGUCGCGUCCGACGCCGCGCGCCGCUCGCUCCGCGCCCACGGCCUCCACGUCCCGCCCUGGCGCAAGACGCGCUACAUGCUCGCCAAGUGGCUCGGGCCCUACAAGCGCUCCACCUCGUCCGCUGCUGGUGGGGUAAUGUCGAUGCCCGGCGGCGCAGGGCUGGACGUCAAGUGCCGCGCCGUCGGGUUCUUCGCGCCUCCGGCCGCCGCGCCGGCGGCCAGGAUCAAGUAGCCUUGCCGUGUUUCUUAUUAGUGAGAUCGAGAGUUUGUGUUUGACUUUGGGUUGCUCUCGGACUUGUUUUGUAUAGAGUUUUUGGUUGGAGAUUAUCACAGCAUUUUGCUUCUUUUCUUUCUUUCUUUUUUUUUUUAAAAAAAAGGAGCUGGCGCGAGGAAUCAUUUAGCACUCACUCGAACGGACCUGAUCUUCCCUUCCUCAGAAAACACCACAGUGGAGCAAAAAAACGAUGUACGCGGCGGGCAGGUGUUGUGCUACAAUGGAUUAGCAUAGAUAACAAACCAGCAUGAUCGCAUUGUUUUA